ACAAACAACAAGAAGAGCAGCGACUAGGAGCCAGCAGACACAUACUGAUACGCAACUGCGACCGUUGGAGGAGAGGGAAAAAUAAUAAAUAAAAUACAGAGCGCGACUUUCUGAAAGUACGAUUCUGUCGAAUGAAUACGUUUACAGUGUUUAAAGAGACCAAUGCAUGCGAUAUAUCGGCUGUAGACACACCGUGCAGACAACCAGUCUGGUAGCUAUAAACAGUGAAGUGGUGCAAAGGGAGGAGGACAGGAAAUAAAGGAGUUACCUGAAGGGUCUCCAUCAAUCCACAUUUCAGUUGGAGCGAGAGAAAAAGGCACGGAGGGAGAGAGAGUGAGAGAAAGAAAGGAGAAGAGGAGUGCCAGUCGCGUCUGCUCUUGGCAGCUGUUCCAGCAGCCUGUUUCAUUGUUUUGGCUGUUAUUUCGUUCCUGAGUUACCUUUUUUGAUGAAUCAGUUCCUAUUUUUAACUUUAAUGUGAGAUAUAACUGCUGUAAGGAAAAAAAAAAACCCAACAACAAAAAACAAAAAAGAAAAGAAAAAAGAAAACAUUAUUACUAGCAAGAGUGUUUUAUUUUGUUCAUUGUUAAUUUUCCAAGGUUCUUUUUGUUUCUUAUUUUAUGUUUAACAACCUUUUUCGGCUGUGAGUAGCAGGAGCUUCCAUUCUCCAAACUAUCGUCAAGCCCCCUUCCUUAGUUAGGACCUGAUAACCUGGUAUUCCUCAAGCACCUGAAACUGGCAGCUAUUCUCUUUGUGUCUGUGUGUUUGGGGAGCUCUGUGACCACAGCUUAAGCACCACUCAGCCUUCUAGUCACCUAAGCCUAACUAAAGCAAGCCAGCUCUUGCCUGGCCCAGCCCAGUCCAGCCUGCUCCGAUCAUCUGGACAGGAUACUCAGUUCUGUGUAGACGUGAGGAAUAUGACUGCUGAGACUCUUAACUUCGGCCCAGAAUGGCUCCGUGCACUGUCCAGUGGGGGGAGUGUGACGUCCCCCCCUCCUUCCCCCGCCAUGCCAAAGUACAAGCUGGCCGAGUACCGCUACGGCCGAGAGGAGAUGUUAGCACUUUAUAUCAAAGACAACAAGGUCCCAGAGGACAUGCAGGAUAAGGAGUUUGCUGCUAUUCUGCAAGAUGAACCCAUGCAGCCACUGGCACUGGUGCCUCUCACUGAGGAGGAGCAGAGGAACUUCUCCAUGUCUGUGAACAGUGUGGCGGUGCUGAGGCUCAUGGGUAAAGGGGUGGGUGGAGCUGCCCCAGCUGGAGUGGUCCGAGGACGAGGGGCCACACGAGGCGGUCGAGGACGAGGUCGCGGUGAAGGUGGAUUCUACCAAAGAAGUAUUGAAGAUGCGGAGGUUGGUUUUGGCCGCAAUGUCCGAGAGAUACACCGCAGUCAGAGCUGGGAUGAUAGGGGUGAGCGUCGUUUUGAGAAGCCGCUGCGGCGUGAGGUGGUGCGUCCUGGCUUUGAAGAGUCUGCAGGUCCCGGAGGUCCAGGGAGGAAGGAGUAUACAAGGGCUGACAGUGAUAACUGGCGCACCCUUCGGGAGGAGCAGGACGAGGACGAGGGAGAGUCGGGCGGCAGCUGGAGACUUACUGGGCCCCGCAGGGAUGAUGGUGGUCCUCGCUCAGCAGGCUGGCGAGACCAUGCCGGUCCAGGUGAGGGUCGUCGAAGGAAGUUUGAUUUUGACUUCCGGGAUUCUGAGAGUCAUGGUGGUGGCCGACGGCGUGCAGGCAGUGAUGGUCUCGAGGAUGACAGAGAUGGUCUGCCCGAGUGGUGUACGGACGAGGAAGACGGGGAGAUGGGCACUUUUGACUCCUCUGGGGCUUUCAUGCCUAUGAAGAAGGGUGGCAAGGAGACAAUCCUGGAGGAGGAGUUGGAGUUUAAGGGGAUAGAAGAGGAAGAAGAAGAGGAGAGCCUCGUUGACAUCGAGAAGAGCAGCGCUGAAGGAGACAAAGAAAAGGAGAUUAAAGAAGUUGGCUCUGCUGUAGGGGAUGGUGAGACAAAGCCAGCGUCCCCCUCCUCCUCUCCUCCUGCCCACUGUACCCCUCCAUUCCUGGAGCCUCGGCCCAGCAACGCUGGCCCAGUGGACAACCCUCAGCUGAAUAACAGCCAUCCUGUCCAGGCCAGCAACACACCCAGCGAAGACGUGGCUCCUGUAGGGAGCACCAAGGCCCAGCUGAGCCCCAGUGCCGCCACCUCCUCCAGUCUGCCUCCCCCACCCCCUUCCUCUGCUGCUCCUCUCCUCCCUCCAUCUGGAGGAGACACUGAGGACGAUGAGGGCAUGAAGCACCUGCAGCAGGAGGCAGAGAAGAUGGUGGCAUCACUGCAGGACACGUCUUUAGAGGAGGAGUGUUUUACCCAGGCUCUGCAGCAGCAGGAGAGCAGGAACACAGCAGCUGCUCUGCCACUGUCACAUGAGGCCGCCAUGAAGUGGUUCUACAAGGACCCACAAGGAGAGAUCCAGGGUCCAUUCACCACAGUGGAGAUGUGUGAGUGGUUCCAGGCUGGCUACUUCACCAUGACCCUGCUGGUGAAGCGGGGCUGCGACGAGGGCUUCCAACCCCUGGGGGACGUCAUCAAGAUGUGGGGCCGUGUGCCCUUCGCUCCAGGGCCCUCCCCGCCGCCCCUGCUGGUGAGACAGCCACCACCAACGCAGCGCCCGCAGCCCACCCGGGGGCCCGCCGGGACUGGAAACCUGGACCAGGAGCGCCUGAAAAAGCAACAGGAGCUGGCAGCAGCAGCAGCUCUUUAUCAGCAGCUCCAACAGCAGCAGCUAUUCCAGCUCAUUAACAGGUGCAGUGAGCAGGGUAUGAUGCCUUCGAUGAACAGGUCGAUGUCAGUGCCAGAUACAGGGUCCAUGUGGGACAUGCAUACCUCAGCUUCACAGCCGCCAGGUGGUGAAGCCAGUCUUUGGGACAUAACAAUGAAUCCUUCUACUCAGGGUCCAACUCUCGAACAGCUUCAAAAGCUCCAGCAGGAGAGACGAGACGCUGAACUCAGGGCGAAGCGUGAGGAGGAGGAGCAGCGUAAGAGGAGGGAGGAGAAGAGGAGGCAGCAGGAGGAACAGAAGAGGAGGGAGGAGGAGGAGCUUUUCAGACGCAAGCAGCAGUGUCGUCAGCAGCAGGAACUGAUCAUGAAGUUGUUGCAGCAGGGCCCCCAGCAGCAGGGUCCUGGGGCAGGCAGCUCAGGCUGGAGCGGGGCUUCCUCCUCUGGGCUCACCAAGGCUGGAAAGCCUUCGCAUCUGGCUCUGCUGGAAAUGCAGCAGGAGGCCGAGAGGCUCCUGAAGCAGCAGCAGCAGCAACAGAGAGCUCAACAGCAGAGAGACCGACACUCCAGCAUGUCGAUGGGGAGCUCUUCCAUGGGAGGGCAGUGGGCGGAUGGUGUUGGCAUGUGGGGCGGGCCUGGAGGUAUGGAUGGUAAGGCUGGCAGUGGAAGCUCUUCAGGCAGCAUGGGCAUGUGGGACGAAGCUGUGAAGAACCAGGCCGGCCUGCGUGGCAACAGCAACAACAACAUGGGCUUGAAGAACAGCCGUAGCAGUCCUUCACUCAGUGAUCAGUACAUGAUGCGUCGUAAGCGGACGGAGGAGGAGGAGAAGCUGCUGAAGUUGCUGCAGGGCAUGAAGCCUCAGGAUGGCUUCACCACCUGGUGUGAACAGAUGCUGCACGCUCUCAACACCUCUGCCAACAACUCCUCCUCCUCUCUGGAUGUUGCCACAAUUGUGGCAUACCUGAAGGAGGUGGAGUCUCCCUAUGCAGUGCUGGACUUCAUCCGGUCCUACCUAGGGGACACAGUGGAAGCCAAAGAGUUCGCCAAACAGUUUCUGGAGCGACGUGCCAAACAGAAAGCCAACCAACAGAGACAGCAGCAGCAGUUAUCAAAGGAAGUGGCUGGAUUGAACAUGAACUUCCCUCUGCAGGAUUCAAUGCGAGGUAUGAAUCCAAGCACCCUGCAGUCCAUGUUUCAAGCCAACCACAUGGGCAAGGCUAGUCUCUAUGACAACCAGGGGGGAAAGAUGAAGAAGAAACAGCCCAUGAUGCUGCACUCUGACCCCAGCAUCUUAGGGUACUCAUUCCACAAUGCGGGCGAGUGUCUGAGCCUGAAUGAGAUGGAGAUGGUGGAGGAUUACUGAUGUGACGCAGCGCAGCAGCAAUAGCUACCUGAGGCCUUCUGUCUUUUAAUCAGACAAACCUGAUGACGAAUGUGCACUGCUGGGGGAACCGGGGCAGGGGAGGGUUUUUUGGGGGGGGUAAGGGUAGGAUGGGAGUGAGAGGGAAGGUGCAGGGCGGAGGCUCCUGGAUCUGUGCCUCCAACUCUUUCCUUCCCUGUGGCGUGAAAAAAAUGGGCUCCCUGCUGCACCAGUAUAUCACUUGAGCAGGAGAGAGGGGGGUGAGGAGGGUUGCGAUUUAAAGGAAGAUGGGUAUCCUCUGGCACUCAAAAGAUUAAGCACCUUAUACUGAACUAAUGCACUUUAUUGAGAUGGGAUUUGAAUAGUUUUUUGUUUUGUUUUUUUCGUGUGUGUGUGUUGGGAAUCAGUGUGCAUACACAGUGUGUGUGUUACACACACAUAAUCUGUGUGCAUGUGCAUUGGAACUGGAAGGGGGGCGGUGAAACAGGCGGUGGGGUGAAUGGUCGGGCUGUUAGGUUUUCAAAGUCAGGGGGACCUUUAGUUGAAACCUUAUCAGAAAGCAAAUCCUUUCUCGAAAGACAAACACUGUUGAUAUUUCUCUUGUUUAGCAUUUUUUUUACGUUUAUAUAAAAGUAAAGCUAUUGAAAAAUGGAUUAUAAAAAAAACUUGAAGAUUUGCACUUGCCUAAAAAAAGAAACAACAAAAACAACAAAAAAAUCAAACAAAUGGGGUUAGUUAUAGAAGUGAAUAUUUUUGUGAAUGUGUACGAAUGACUGAGAGUGACUGAUGUGUGAUGGUUGGUUUAUGUCAGUAAUAUACCAGUCUGCACAAUGUUUUUUUUUUUCCUUUUUUUUGUUGCUUACAAAGACGUCUGAAACAAGAGGCCAUUUUUUGUCUUUUUUUUUUGUUCAAAUGGUAAUUUUGUAUUGUCAUGUUUAGUGUGUGUGUGUGUGUGUUUCCCUUUUCCAAACAGGGACUUGAUCUGUUUUUGAGUGUAUGAGAGAGAGAGAGAGAGAGAGAGAGAGAGGGCAAUUGCACAACACAUCCUUUCUCUCACCAGCUUUUCAUCCCCAGAUAGAUGAAAUACAAAUGCAUUUGUAAAUGUUAGCUUUGCGCUCAUCACAUGAUGACCACCACUAGUUUAUUUCCCUUUGUUUCUCCACAUGGGGAACUGUCUCUAGACCUGUGAGGACUAGAGGACAGGGCAAAUCAUGAGGGACAUUACCGUGUGUGCAUCAGAAUGAGACUGUGCGAGUGUUCGGUGUGCAUGUUCAUUUACUGUUCAUAGAAAUGAGUUAAGACUACAGGUACUCAUUUUGAAUACAUGUGCUUUUUUUUGUAUGUGUAUGAAUGCACAUUUGUGCCUAAGAACUUGGAUAGGGUGCGUGGCCAUUGAGACAUUAACUCUUUUUUUAGAGCGAGUGCGAGGUGUGUCAGUGCUCAGCACAUUGUAUGUAAAGUAUGUAAGUUUAUAUCGUAAAUAUUUCUAGUUCAGUCUAAGGGUGAUCCAUCAGGAGGUUAGUCCAGUCUGUUUUCCUGGGGUGUGAUCACGUUGCCUUUUGUCAGCUCUCGAACUUGUGAAUGAAAGGUGUCGAGUUUCUGACUCUGAAAAAAAAAAAAAAUACAGCAUCUUAAUGUGCAAGUGCACAGAACGGUGCAUGAAAUGUUAGCAUAUUGUGUUACUUAUUCGUUGUUGCAAUUUGAUAAUGACGAGUUUUCUUUUUUAAUGAAAAAUAUAUAUGAAUAUAUACAUUAUAUACAAAGUUUAAAAAGUAUUUGGACUAAGAUAAUGAGCACUUGGGGCUGCUAUUUUUUUGUGUGUUUUAAUUUUUUUUUCUUUAAUUUGUUUUUCAUUUUUGUUUCAUUAUCGCCAUGUGAAGUGUGUGUAUUAUUUCUUUCUUAAGAAAAUAUUGAAUGUAUUCCAAAAAAAAAUGACAAGAAACCCGUGCUGAUACCAGAUAUUUUUUUUUCCUCAGAAGAUUUCAAAAAUGGAAACAAAAUUCAAAAAAAGCUUCAAAGAUUUCAGUGAGGACUUUUUUUUAUUUACACAGUGGAGAAGAAAAAAAAACUCGGGAUGGAUACAGUUGAACACACUGCCUCUACAAUUCUGGUCGUACAAAUAGUGACUAAGAAUUAAAAGAAAGGACUCUUUCUAUUCCAUACUGGAGCUUUGGUUGUUUACAAACCACAUGGAUAACUGUGGGUGCAGUUUUUGUUUUUUGUUUAGUUUUUUUUGUUUUGUUUUUAAACUUUUUUGUUUUGUUUUUGUUCCCACAUAAGACGGGUGGGGUUUGCAAGUGCGCUUCUGCCAUAUGGACAUUGAGUGGUGUUGGUCUGAGGAAGAGUUGCAGGCACCGCAACAUGGACAAGGUCCUCAUACUGGACUGUUGUGUGUGUGUGUGUGUGUAGUCGUGGAUCCUGAGACUUGAUCAACCAUAGAGCGGAGGCGUGAAAAUCAAGGAUGGGCUCUGUUUUGUGGAGAACUGAGUGUGGGGCUGCUUGACCCUCGAGGGAACUGAGAGGGCGAUAUGAGUACACCCAGUUAGUGCACUUGUCAUCACCUCCACCCUCAUGAGCACUCACACCCUGCCCUCACCCACUCACCUAUGCACUUUUUGUUCAUUCAAGCUGUGAGGUACCAUUUUGGGGAUGGGAGCACAAUUACAACAGGAGGAUUGCUACGACUUUGACAAAGUCACUGAAAAGAUAUUCCCAAACUGAAACAAGAGACUCGAGAAGCACGUCUUCUCCCACCUCCUGUAUAUAACCAUAUUUUUGUAUUACCUUUCAAAAUAGAAAGUAAAUUUACAAAUGGAUGAAGGAAAAUUCAUGAGACAUUGAUUAUAUGGAGUGAAUGUUCUUCAAGAAAACCAAUCUUUUUGAAUAUAGUUAGAGAUAGACUUGCUGCGAGUUUCCCUUAGUUUGCCAGUAACCCUGAAAUAAUCAGGGACGGAAGGGAAGCCCACAUGGACAUGGACUGAGGUGUUGGACACGUGGCUCCAAGACAGACUGAUCACGUAUCAGAAUGGAUAUAGUAGUUUCUACAGAGAGCCCCAUCAGGAGUGUUGGAUCAACAUGCACAGUUAAAGAGGCAGACAUAAGUUUGAAGACCUGUUGGCUCGGAUGCUUCCACUUCAUCUCCCAACCUGAUGACUGCACUGAGAGCUGUAGAGUGACUACAGGAGGAAAGAUCCAUUGGAGUCUGGCUGUGCUUUAUUUGCUGCCCUCUGCAAGGAGGAUCUAAUCUACAGCCAACCCAUGAACCAGUUAACCCCAAACAUGUCCUUUUUGAACUUAAACCCUAAGAAACAUUUCUGUCUUUGACCUCAGACUGGACAGGCUUUUGGCAUUAUCAGUUGGACAGUUACCAGAUGAAGUUACAGGUUUAUCGACCAUAGAUCCCAUCUGUGUUGGAAGUGUUAGGUUUGGGAUUUGAUCAGGUGCUCUCUGGCAAGGAAGAAGAUAAAAAGGCACGUAUUGGCCAGAUGUCAUCGCCCACCUCGGCUUGAAACUCUCAGGUGGUUGCAUUGGGGUCUUCUCACCAGCGGGACAGAAGACCUGCCCUUCUUCCCGGAGUUCUCGGUUGGGUUUUUGGCGGACGUGGCUGGAUUACAUCUAAACCAGCAGAAAUCCCUGCAACUGUGGAACUGGAUGAACUGAAAGAAUUGUACAAAAAACAGACACAGCUACAUGACACAUAGUUUUUAGAGUCCAAAGGAGUUGCAGACACACUACAUGCACACAUACAACAAAAUCAAAGUAUACUCAGUUACGCUGGCUCUCCAUUGGAACCAUGUCUGCACACAUAACAGGGAUACAUAACUAUGAGAUCACAUAGACACACACAAGCAUAAAUGCUCAUCAGUAUAUACGCUGAGCUUUGUAAAUAAUGUAAAAGUUUGUGUUUUGAUUUCUGUCAUAGUGGGUUUUGGUUUAUUUUUUUCCUCUGUUCAACAUGCCUUAAAUUGUAUAGUUCAGUCCUUAACGGCAAACUGAAAAUGUUCUCAAAAUGACAAAUUUAAGUUGGGAAUCACCUUGUUGGCUGUCCUCUAAAGUCAAAGAAAGAAAAGACAGUUUUCUGUUAGCUAACAGAACCAUCUGUUCUGUAUUAACCUGAUACAUAUACCACCAUGAAACUUACUAGUUAGCUACAGAAUACAGCAGCAAGCAGUCUUUGAUUAAUCUGAUUUUGUUGGUGGUUGGCUUUUGUUGCCCUUUUGGUUUCCUUAAAAUGAUGAGUGGAUUUGUUCAGAUUUCCUGUUUAGAUUAUUUGCUGAAGGUGCAGGCUUAAUAAAGGGCUGAAGUCUGUACUGUCUGGAGCUGAGCUGACUGGGCGAGAUGCACCGUGUUGACUUGAAGCAGACAUGUUGCUGCACAGACUAUUGUUGGAUAUAUUGUUCUUGGCAAAUCUGAACCAGAGUGGCAGGUUCACCUCAAAAAUAGAAACAAGUUGGGGCUUUUUGGUUAACUUUUUACACUCCACAGAAAGCUUAAAUGUUUAUGAAGCUACUAGGUACUUUUUUUUUCUUUCUUUCUUUUUUUUUUUUUUUUUUUACAGUUUUGAGACAUCAAAUCAGGCUUGUAUUAGAAGCAUGAUAUUAAGAGCAAGCUUGCAUGAUUUGUAAUAUGUGCAGGUUUUGACACUAAACCUUGAGGAAGGUCACAACUUGGCCCAGAUUGCCUUUGCUGUGUACCUAGUAGUACUGCCGACCAUCUCUGAUGACACCAAAUAGAUAAGGAAUCCACUAUGUGUGCAGUUCUGGGUGCCGAAGAAAAGUGUGUUGUUCCAUGUAUAUAUAUCUAAUUGGAUUUGAGAGAUCACUGCUUUUAGUCAGCCAUUAGUUUAGUAUCCUUGCUCACUAAACAAUAUGCAGUUUUUAAUUCCAAUGGCAACUGAUAUUUAUUGAAUAUCAUCAGCUUAGACUGGUAAUACAUGAGUGCAUUUUGUUUAGCUGUGGGUUUGGUGCAUAGUUAUCUGCUGUAGCUAAAUGUAUAGCUAACUGUGUAAAUGGAAGUAGCCACGGCAGACUGAAUCAUAACUGUUGAAUUAAUACCAAAUGGUUACUUAGUUUAAUGCUGUUGCAAUCAGUUGUCCAAAAGAUAUUGACUUUAAUUAUGCACGAGUAUACUAUAAAGUUAUCUGUGAAUGACUUUAAAAAAAAAUCUGACAUUUUUAUAAGCCGAUAUUGCGUGGUAUUUGUUGUUGGUAAGUAGGUCUGUCUUAAAAGAUUUCACCAGUGUUGUUUGCAGCUUACUUUACUGCGCUACACAUGCUUUUAUGAUCAGGAUAACUACAAAAUUGUUUUGUCAAAAAGCCCUAGAUGUUUGAUUACAGCCUUUGCAGAGGUCCUGUCACAGCCUGCUUACUUGGCUGUGCAAAGUUGUUUAUCUGGUUUAUUUUAGCUGUGGUAACUGUAGCUCCAACAAUAGUGGCCUAAAAUACAUAAUGGAAGGUAUAUCCUUGUCAGCUCAGCUCCCUUGCUUAAUGAGUCUUUGAAUGUUGUUGUAAAAUGACAGCAAACAUGUUGUGAAACUGUUUUGGGCAAGAACAACUGAAAGAAUUGUAAAUAGUUUGGCUUUUGUUUGUUUGAAGAACAAAAUAAAUACUAAAUAAAUAGCAUUUAGCAUU